AUGGGUCUUGCCGCCCAAAAGCCUGUUAUGGUCGCUCAAAAUGUGCUCGAUUUGGCGGAUAUUCCGAUCGUAUCGGGCAUUGUGAUGUUUAUUCAGACUAUGGCAGGAAGUGAAACAAAAGAUCGAAACAUCGAAAAGACACAUGUCCCCGGUAUCGACACGAGUAAAAUCAUGAGGGGAGGUGUCACGACUCUGACCAAGGGGCUACACGGGCCAGACAAGAUCACCAUCUUCAACGCCUUCGAUAAGGCAAUGGUGGAUAUGUGGUUGUUGCCUCUGGCUUUGUGCUGCAUUAGUAUCAUUGGUGCUCUGCUCGUUGAGCGACGCAAAAUACGGGGGCACGAGAAAGAGAUUAAGGACGAGUUGGCAUUAGCAUCCCCAUCGGUGGAGGCUUGA